GCACAAACAUUCAUCAUAGGUCCAAGCUGUGAACAAUUUUAUCCACACAACAAAUUUCGUGCGCUGCGGGUAAACAAUUAAAAAAACCAAAAGUCAACGCCGUUUGUCGGCGUGUUUUGGCUUCAUGUUACCAUAUAACCAAUUUUUGUACUCCUCCACAGAUAUUUUAACCAGGUAGUAAUCCCAGGUCUUUUGUUUUCGACCCGUAAGGAGAAAGAGUGAUAUUUUUGCAGAAACACACGCAACACAACAAGAAGCUCGUUUUAACAAUCAUAAAGAGAAAGUCGAAUUUGUUUUUGCUGUUCUAUAAAUAGACGACUGUCAAGGUUGAAUGAAACCAGAGUCCAGUCUCUCAUUAAAACGCAUGGAGAAUGAGUGCACGUCGACAAAAUAAUUUGUCACCCACACACCACAACAACGUCGACAAAACCAACGUAAAGUCUAUCGACAAAAUUUGCGCCAAGCUCCAACUGAACAUGGGUUGUUCCUCUGUUGAGAUGAAUGAAAAAUUCACAACGUCUCAGCGCCAUUGUGACAAUGAAUCUAUUUCCAACGAAAGUGAUGCUUGUUCUGGACUUGGGCACCUUGAUGAAUCGAGAAGUCCUGGCAGCGCCACUUGUGGAUCGCCUACCUUUGAGAGAAGGCCAGCAAUAUGCGUGGAAGAGCCAGUCAGAAGUAAUGGUUGCACUGAGCACUUACAAGUCGCUUCUAACGGUAUCAUAGACAAGAUGGCAGCCAAAGAUGUGGAAGAAAAAGGUAAACAAAAAGCCCGUCAUACGACACAAUACAAUAACUGGCAUUAUACAGAUAUGAUUAUGGCUAUAAAAGCUGUGCAGUCAAAAGAACUUUCUAUGACAGCUGCUGCGAAAAAAUACGGCAUCCCUAGAACGACGUUACGACAUUAUUUAAAUGACGGUACUAAUAAAGAGGCAAAAAGAGCGUGUUUUACCUUACCUAAAAAUCACGAAAAUGAGUUACUUAACUAUGCUCUCGAAAAUAGUAUAAAUUCUGAGAAGGAUUUGUACAAAUUGAUUGUAGCAAAAGCUAAAGAGUUAUCAAGAAGAACAGCACUGGAGAAUGGUGAAGAAGAUAGGAGGACUGUUCCUACCCCAGCAUGGAUAAGAAGGUUUGUAUAUCGACACAAACAACUUUACGAUUUAUUUCCAACUUUUUUGACGAAAUUCGAGCAUCCUUUACAUGGAGGAAGAAAAACACCAAACGAUAUGGAAGACUGUAGUAUGCCUCACGAUGACAACAGCAGCUCUCACCAUAGUGAUGCCGGGAGUGUCGACCAAGAAAAACUGUACACCGAGAUUAUAUUUCCAAAGAUGUCAAACGACACGCCGUAUUAUGUUAAAGAUGGCUUUCGACGAAAUGAAAGAGAAGAUUACUAUUUUGAAUCCGACAGUCGUUAUGACGAUAGAAAAACAACAUCGAAUAUCCGACACAACGCUGUAAAAUGUCACGACACAUUAGGAAGCUACAGUAUGGUAGGGGAAGAGUUCAGCAGUGAUUGUUAUGCGAACAAGUGGAGGAAAUCCGAGGUGAUGUGUAAAAAUGGUGAGUGUUUUGAAAGUGACGAUGAACGAAUGUUGCCUUAUAAAGAUCUACUGUCAAGAAUUUCAAGAUCGAAUUCUUCGAAUGGAUAUCUAACAAUUUCCAACAGCCCUUUACCGCAUCGUGCGACCAAUGGGUACAUUGACGUUAAGUCGGAAAAUAUGUUUCGUCAUGAACGAGAUAUCGUUACGACAUCGAAUGGAUCUGUCAGUCGAAACGAGGCGCGAAAACACCAUCAUUAUAUAAAUUUGUCGUCCGUUCCUUUUUUAAUUCAAAAUGGAGAGCCUGCAACGACGUCUCCAUCACGAAGUGAAGUGUAUCUACCAGAUGCAAAUAACGGUACGUCGAAAUAUGACGCGUCAUUUUGUUCUUACUCGUCUCCGAGUGUGUCAUACUCUGAAAGAGUAAAAACACCCAAAUCUUUAACGGCUGAUUACCAUGCUCCCCGUUUAAUGAAGUUUUCAGAGUAUACCGUUAUGAAAAGUAUGUUAGCAGCAAUGGAGACUGAGCUGGGCAAUGACUACGUCGAACUUUUCUCUGAACGAUAUCGACGGAACCAACAUUUAGAACGGCUAUAUAGCAAAUGGGUUUUGUUAAAAGCCGAUAUUGCGCAAGAAGGCAAAGAACUCUAACUUUUUACUAUUUUUAAUUAUACAGGUUUUUUUUUUUUUUUGUAAAUAUAUAUAUUUUUUUGUUGUAUUUGUGUAUAUAGACUGCUGCCACUGUUGUUGUUGUUGUUGAAAUGUGUACAUAUAUUUAUCAAACUAAUGUAAAAUAAGCUCAUAUUUUUUUGCCAGGUAAUAGUCAAACCUAACCAGUUCAAUCAGAUCGGUUUCCUAGCAUCGAUCUAACAUCGGUUUUUAACUUAAAUUUCAUUUGUGGUACUCCUUAGACAUAUUUUACCAAGAUUAUAAAUAAAAUUAUUUAUUUUUUAUGUGUACAGAACGCACAUGCAAUUUGAAAUAAAUGCAAUUUUUACAUUUAAAAAUAA